UUCAAGGACUGGAUCAUGAACAACUUCAUCCUCCUGGAAGAACAGCUUAUCAAGAAAUCCCAACAAAAGAGAAGAACUUCUCCUUCGAACUUUAAAGUUCGAUUCUUUGUUUUAACCAAAACCAGCCUGGCAUACUUUGAGGACCGUCAUGGGAAAAAGCGCACUUUGAAGGGCUCCAUUGAACUUUCCCGAAUCAAAUGUGUUGAGAUUGUAAAAAGUGACAUUAUCAUCCCAUGCCACUAUAAAUAUCCAUUUCAGGUUGUGCAUGACAACUACCUCCUAUAUGUGUUUGCUCCAGAUCGCGAGAGCCGGCAGCGCUGGGUGCUGGCCCUUAAAGAAGAAACCAGGAAUAACAACAGUUUGGUGCCCAAGUAUCAUCCUAAUUUCUGGAUGGACGGGAGAUGGAGAUGCUGUGCUCAACUAGAGAAGCUUGCUGUGGGCUGUGCCCAGUAUGAUCCCACCAAGAAUGCUUCAAAGAAGCCUCUUCCUCCUACUCCUGAAGACAACAGGCAGUUACUUCGGGAACCUGAAGAAACCUUGGUCAUUGCCUUGUAUGACUACCAAACAAAUGAUCCACAGGAACUCACGCUACAACGCAAUGAGGAGUACUACCUGCUGGACAGUUCCGAGAUUCACUGGUGGAGAGUUCAGGACAGGAAUGGGCAUGAAGGAUACGUACCAAGCAGUUACCUGGUGGAAAAGUCCCCAAAUAACCUGGAAACCUACGAGUGGUACAAUAAGAGUAUCAGCCGAGACAAAGCUGAGAAACUUCUUUUGGACACAGGCAAAGAAGGAGCCUUCAUGGUACGAGAUUCCAGGACUCCAGGGACCUACACUGUGUCUGUUUUCACCAAGGCCAUCGUAAGUGAGAGCAACCCCUGUAUAAAGCACUAUCACAUCAAAGAAACAAAUGACAACCCCAAGCGAUAUUACGUGGCUGAAAAGUACGUGUUUGAUUCCAUCCCUCUCCUCGUCAAUUAUCACCAACACAAUGGAGGAGGCCUAGUCACUAGACUCCGGUAUCCAGUUAGUUCCUGGAGGCAGAAAGCCCCGGUCACGGCAGGGCUGAGAUAUGGGAAAUGGGUGAUUGAUCCCUCAGAGCUCACUUUUGUGCAGGAGAUUGGUAGCGGGCAGUUUGGGUUGGUGCAUCUUGGCUACUGGCUCAACAGGGACAAGGUGGCCAUCAAAACCAUUCAGGAAGGAGCUAUGUCAGAAGAGGACUUCGUUGAGGAGGCUGAAGUCAUGAUGAAACUCUCUCACCCCAAACUGGUCCAGCUCUAUGGAGUGUGCCUGGAGCAAGCCCCCAUCUGCCUGGUGUUUGAGUUCAUGGAACAUGGCUGCCUGUCAGAUUACCUGCGCAGCCAGCGGGGGCUCUUUGCUGCAGAGACCCUGCUGGGCAUGUGCCUGGACGUGUGUGAGGGCAUGGCCUACUUGGAAGAGGCGUGUGUCAUCCACAGAGACCUGGCUGCCCGGAAUUGUUUGGUUGGAGAAAACCAAGUCAUCAAGGUGUCCGACUUUGGGAUGACAAGGUUCGUCCUUGAUGACCAGUACACCAGUUCCUCAGGCACCAAAUUCCCGGUGAAGUGGGCGUCCCCGGAAGUCUUCUCUUUCAGUCGCUAUAGCAGCAAGUCGGAUGUGUGGUCAUUUGGUGUGCUGAUGUGGGAAGUCUUCAGUGAAGGCAAAAUCCCGUAUGAAAACCGAAGCAACUCAGAGGUGGUGGAAGACAUCACCACUGGAUUUCGGUUAUACAAGCCUCGACUGGCCUCCUCGCAUAUCUACCAGAUCAUGAAUCAUUGCUGGAAAGAGAAACCAGAAGACCGGCCACCUUUCUCCAGACUCUUGAGUCAACUGGCUGAAAUCGCAGAAUCGGGACUUUAAAAGAGACUC